UGAAGCCGUUGGCUGGUCCUGAACCGUUUGGCUUUCUCCACUAGCAAACAGCCCCACAAAUGCACCUCAUUCGCUCUUAAAUAUGUAUUUUUAAAACGUUUAACCCACGUCUACGCUGCUGCGAACCGAUCCGGACGCUUGUUUGGGAAUUUAACUCGCUAUUCGCCGCCUCAGAGAGGGCUUAUAACGCUUUGUUGCCGCUCUGUUUUAAAAAAUAGCCGAGGAGGAGGAAAUUCCACACAGGCAGCACAGCACAGAAGGCUCCCCUUGUGUCGCCCGGGAUAUUAAAACUGAAGAGACUCCACGCAGAAGGCUGAGGUUAAAGCCUGACAUCCUGACAGGACCUGAUCACAUGGUGCUGAGACAUUUGGACAGGACCCUUAUAAAACGUUUGCAUUGCGGAAAAAUACUUGAUACUGUGGCUUGUAUCCUGUGUGCUGACCUCAUGGUGUAAGCAGGUGUAAAGAUGAGCAUAAGCAGUGAUGAGGUCAACUUUCUGGUGUACAGAUACCUACAGGAGUCAGGGUUUUCCCAUUCAGCGUUCACAUUUGGCAUAGAGAGCCACAUCAGCCAGUCCAACAUUAACGGAGCCCUAGUGCCCCCUGCUGCCCUCAUCUCCAUCAUCCAGAAGGGCCUGCAGUAUGUGGAGGCAGAAGUCAGUAUCAACGAGGACGGCACUCUGUUUGAUGGCCGGCCGAUCGAAUCCUUGUCUCUGAUCGACGCUGUGAUGCCUGACGUGGUGCAGACACGCCAGCAAGCCUACCGAGACAAACUGGCACAGCAGCAAGCUGCCGCCGCACCUCCAGCCUCCAGCACCAACAUGCAGGGCAAUGCCAAAAAUGGAGAAAACACCGCCAACGGAGAGGAGAAUGGUGCACAUGCCUUACCUAAUAACCAUGCAGACAUGAUGGAGGUAGAUGGAGAUGUGGAGAUUCCUCAAAAUAAAGCUAUGGUGCUGAGGGGACACGAGUCCGAGGUGUUCAUCUGCGCCUGGAACCCCGUUAGCGACCUGCUCGCUUCUGGGUCUGGGGACUCGACGGCUCGCAUAUGGAACCUGAGUGAGAACAGCACCAGCAGCUCCACACAGCUCGUGCUCAGGCACUGUAUACGAGAGGGAGGCCAAGACGUGCCCAGCAACAAAGACGUUACAUCAUUAGACUGGAAUAGUGAGGGUACAUUAUUAGCCACAGGCUCUUAUGAUGGCUUUGCCAGAAUAUGGACAAAAGAUGGUAAUCUUGCCAGCACCCUGGGUCAGCAUAAAGGCCCUAUAUUUGCGUUGAAGUGGAACAAGAAAGGAAAUUUUAUCCUUAGUGCUGGUGUAGAUAAGACAACAAUCAUUUGGGACGCUCAUACAGGAGAGGCCAAGCAGCAGUUUCCCUUCCAUUCAGCACCUGCUUUGGAUGUGGACUGGCAGAGCAACAACACAUUUGCCUCGUGCAGCACAGAUAUGUGCAUUCACGUGUGUAAACUGGGCCAGGACCGACCCAUAAAGACAUUCCAAGGACAUACAAAUGAAGUAAAUGCAAUCAAAUGGGAUCCAACUGGCAACCUGCUGGCAUCAUGUUCUGACGACAUGACGCUGAAGAUCUGGAGUAUGAAGCAGGACUCGUGCGUUCAUGACUUGCAAGCUCACAGCAAAGAAAUUUACACUAUAAAAUGGAGCCCAACUGGCCCUGGCACCAACAAUCCCAACGCCAAUCUCAUGCUUGCCAGUGCAUCCUUUGACUCUACUGUUCGGCUAUGGGAUGUAGAUCGAGGCAUAUGCAUCCACACAUUAACCAAACACCAGGAGCCGGUGUACAGUGUCGCCUUUAGCCCAGACGGACGCCAUUUGGCCAGCGGCUCUUUCGACAAGUGUGUACACAUCUGGAACACACAGACUGGUGCUUUAGUUCAUAGCUACAGGGGAACAGGGGGCAUUUUUGAAGUGUGUUGGAACGCAGCUGGUGACAAAGUGGGUGCAAGUGCAUCGGAUGGCUCUGUUUGUGUAUUAGAUCUGAGGAAAUAACGCUGCUUGUUGGAAGCCAUGGACCGACUAUGAAUGUGUACAUAGCCAAAAUGACUGUCCCUGCCCCAUGUACUGCUACAAUCCCUAUUGUACCAUGGCCAGCCACUACAGACAGGACGGGGGGAAAAACAAGCAUCCUGACGCAGCAGACAAAGUAGAGUGGAAGUGAUUCCAACCAGAGACAUGAAAGGGACUUUUGUAAGUAACAUCGGUGGGGAAACAACACAAAAGAAGAAAAAAAAGGACUGGUAUAUUUACCAAAAUUUGGAAGAUAUUUUACUAUUUGUUCUUCAAACCAAUCUCAUCAAAAUAAACAAGCGAAAAGAUUUUAA